ACAUUUGUGACUGUAUGUUUAUUAUUCAUAUUCAUUACAGCGAAUUCAUUUGACCAAACCUUUUAUUUUACUGUCUUACUCUCCCACCUUUCUUGACAAAAUCAAACACAUAUGACGGUUUUAAGGUUUAACUUGUCUUAAGCACAUAUAAAUACAACACAAGCACUCCUGCUUCAAACAAUUUCUUCUUCCUUCCUUGGCAAAUGGAGAAGGAGAAAGAGAAAGAGAAAAAGUCUAAGCUGAAGAACAAGAUCUUCAAAAUACUGCCAAAAGCUGCUGCAAUGAGCGUGACAUUCCAAAACCCUCCCUUCAGCCCAGGCAGGGAUCACAAGUGCAAACACUAUGGAGGCAAAGGGUUCUUCUCUGGCCCCAUGAUUCCCGAUGAAGCCAGAAGAAAGGCAAAGAAUGGUCAUGGCGUUGAAACUCAAGAACCCACUUCCCCCAAAAUCUCCUGCAUGGGACAGAUCAAGCACAAGAAGGGAGGGGCAAAGAACAUGUCCAUGUCCAUGCCUACUCCCAGAGACCCCGAGGUAAAGAAACACGCUUCCAAGUUUCAGAGGAUGUUGUUGUUCCACGCGGGGAAACCAAAACAGUCUGAUGCGGAUGUGGAGAGUGAGAGAGCACCUGCACCGCCAUUGGGUCACAUGAGGCGAUUUGCAAGUGGGCGUGAAACCUUUUCGAAUUUCGAUUGGAAGGCUCAGAUUGCGCCUCAUGAUCAGGAAAGGGAUUAUGAUGAUGUUGAUAGAUUGGAUGAUGAGAUCAUUAUCCCUUUCUCUGCUCCUCUUACCCUUGGUGGUGCAACUGCGCUUAAUCUUAAUGUGCAGCCACGGAAAGAGAUUAAUCUAUGGAAGAGAAGAACCAUGGCACCACCUAGGCCUCUUAAGUUGAAUCCACUUCUUACAGCCAAAUGAUUCUUUUACUUAUUCUAAUUUGUAGAUUUCUUCUUUUCUUCCAUCCGCAGACAAAUACUACUGUUCUUGGUGGCUCGGCUCGGCUCCAUGAGUAUGUAUUUUGUUUCCUUCCCUUGUAUAGAAAAUAUGGUUUAAUCAUAAAUCAUGGUUUAGCGAUCACGAUUGAUUUGAUU